AUGACUGACGUGCUGUGUCUGCUGUCAGAGGCGGACAGGACUGCGUUUCCAGCGCUCUCACAGCUCUCGGAAAACGAUAUGGACAACAUUUGGUCUUAUGUGUCCGCCUACAUUGAGCGUCAGAUGACAUUACAGAAGGGGGUCCACCUGGCAGGGUUGGGGACCUUCACUUUCUCUCAGCAGAAGCUGGACAUAGGAAACAGGUUUAUCAUGAUCCAGCGGCCCAUCUUCCUCCUGACAGAGAAACUGUCCCACUCACAGGGCCUCAAGCAGGUCAGGCCGCUGGCUGCAGGUGACAUCCCAGUGGUGCAGCUGAACUUUGCAGCCGUGUCAAAAGAGUCUCCUUUCAGCCGUGACGUGGUGGAGGGCUGCGUUAGAGAGUCUCUGCUGCUCCUCCUGAGAGCUCUGGCCUCCCAGAAAAACGUGCUGUUUACCUUCCAGGGAAUCGGAGUUCUGCGCUUUAAGAACAACAAGGUGCGGAUGAAGUUCAACAGAGACUUUAUUAAUGCCAUUGAUACAAGCGGAAGACUCCUUUCAGCCUUCUCCAAAAGACUUGGAAGCAGUGCCUCUUUAAUAUCAGGGAGAAUGUCCAGGCUUCAGACGCCACAGACCGCUGGCUCCAUCACCUCAGCCAGCGUCUGCUCUCCUGAGCCAGGCAGCAAAGCUGAUAGCAGAGAUUCACAGUGCAUCUGGCCAGCUCCAGACCAAACACAUGCAGGAAGUAAACCGGCUUUUUGCACGAGGCCGACACUCAGCUUUCUAGAUGACAGAGUCCAGCCACCAGGCUCUAAAUCCCAUCAGACACUGCAGCCUGCCAAGAUGGAAGCUGUCAGCCUCUCUGAAGAACCCAAUCCAAAAAACCCCAUGGAGGCCACUGACAAGGCCACCGUCUCCAUCUCACCACCAGAGGGCACUCCGAGGGUAGAGAAAGCUCAUGUGAAUGUCAGCUGCCAAGGCCACACCCGUGCUGGACAGGAGCUGUGCUACCUGUGCAUGCAGCAUGCUCAAAGAAAUGUCCCGGUCUACCUGAGGGAGCAGAGGCUGGCAGAAGAGCAAGCUCAGGAAAGGCUCUUACUGCUCCAACAACAGCAGAAAGACAAGGUGUACAUGGAGAAAGAGCAGGCAAACAUGGAUGAGCAGCGUCAGCGUGACAAACAGUUGGCGGCAUGGAACCUGGACGUUUCAGAGGCUCUGAAGAAAGAGAAAGCGUGCUGUGCUCCGUUCCACACUUCCUUCGUCUUUCCGGAUCGGCCCGUCACUCCUGCCAGGCAGAUCAAGCAGCGUCACUACAAGGACGAGCUGCAGGCCCAGGUGGCAAACAGGAGGCAACAUGACGCCCAGGACGAGCACAACCGACUUCUGCUGGACUAUCUCACCCAGGUUCAGCUGGUCCAGGAGAUUGCUUCGAAGAAGGAGCAGCACAUCCAGCAGAAACACGAGAGAGCUAAACUUUAUAGAAAGGCUCUGGACACACAGGCAAGAGCUUCCUCAGAAACACACCCAGAGAUAUUUGAAUAUGACCGAUGUCCCGUGUGCUGUUGUGUUGUGCAGGUUGAGGCAGGGCGUAGAUCACAGGAAGGCAGGGGAGUGAAGUUACCAGCCAUCCAUGAGAAAAGCAGCCAGUCAAGGAGCACAGUGCAGGUGGAAGAGGGGAAGGAUACUGGCCUUCCUGAGUGCCAGUCCAUCAACCUCAGGUCUGACCGCUGUGAGACACCAGCCCGCAACGCAGAGGCUCGAGAAAGGGCUCAAAAGGUCUCUCAGGAGCAGUUGAUUGCUGCCCAUCAGAAAAGAAGGGAAGAGCUGUCCAAACGCCAAGCACAACAGAUGAAAGAGUCCGAGAUGCUCAAACGCAACCGGAGGGACCUCAUACUGGACCGCCUCACUCGCUUUGAGAGGAGGCAGAACGUGAGAGCGUCACUGGAGGACUCGUGGCAUCGCAGCGUCGCGCUCAAACACCACCGAGAUGACGAAGAGAGGAGGUUCCUCAGGUCUGGUGGUCACCUCCUGAUAGAUCAGUGUGAGCAGUACAGACGCUGCUCCCAGUGUAAGAGGAAAACCUCCAACUAUGGAGAGAGCAACAUCUGGAAAGACUCGUGCUACUCCUCUGGCUCACGGCUGAUGAACUGAUAGUCAGCGUCGUUUAGCCAAGCUCGAACUUCCUCCACAUCCGCCAGCCUCAUAAGCUCAUCUUGUGAUGACCAUCGCUGAUUAAAAUAUUAAAGUCAGGCACCUGUGAAGCAUACUUGGAUGUGAUGGCUUGCAGUUUGUGCUGUCCUUUGUGUUAAUGUGAGACUUCCUCUGCCGAGAAUAGGACCUGAUGUUUUAUACUUUCCCCCUCAACAAAACGCUUGUUUGUUCAUAUGAUUGACUGUCAUUGACAUAAACAAAUAAUGAUAAUAUUAAUGCCUGGUAGAAAUGUCUGUGGAUGUAUUUUAUUUUUUCAUUUUUUUUUUCAUUAAAAAUACAGAAUAGAAAAAGA